UGAACAUUUGGUGCGCCUGUGUUUUACUGGCCUUGUUCGCUUCUACUGAAGACAGUACGACAUCGACCUAUGUGGGAACCACGACGAGCACUCGCAUCGAUGUGACGACAUCCACCAGUGCCAAAAGCACACUUGGGACCUCAACGUCAGCUGAAGCCACGACUUCUAGUCCAAAAGUCACAUCAAAGGAAGCGACGAGCACAGUGACUUCGACAGCCAGCACGGACACGACUCUUACUUCAAAAGUCACUUCAACGAAAGCGACGAGUACAGUACGUGAAAGUUCAACGUCGUCUCAAGCCGGGGUCAUGACUUCUAAUGCAAAAAUUACGUCAACAGAAGCGACGAGCACAGCACAUGAAACCCCAACGUCGUCUAAAACCGCGGUCACGACUUCUAGUGCAAGAGUCACCUCAACGGAAGCGAAGAGCACAGUACGUGAGACUUUAACGUCGUCUAAAGCCGCGGACACGACCCUCGGCUCAAAAAUCACAUCGACGGAUGCAACGAGCACUAUGAAGCCAACAGAUGGCGAAGGUAAUACUAAAGGAAUCGCUACAAAACACACAGAGACUCCACGAGGUUCCACCACGAAGCCCGCGAAGCCCAAAAAGAAGGCGCUUGAAUACGAGGAACAUAUUCCCUCAGUUCACUUGGCUGAACAUCCUAAGCAUGCAGAAUAUUUGGAUGGGAAAUGUGUAGACCCAGUAUUUCUUACUAAUCUUUCACGGUUGGGUAAUGAGAACGAACCAUUCGAACUGUAUGAGAAUGAAACGCUGCAAAGGUGUAUCUCUAUGAAGUUCACAUCACUCGCGCAAGAAGACUUAUGCAAGAGUUGGGACGAGCGUUUUAUAGGUGUGAUGUACCGGACUUACGAUGUCGAAGCGGCGAAGGAACUCAUCCGAAUGGGAAACCAAAUAGGAGAAAAAGGUGAUGAUCGAGAUGAUGAGGACGAUGAAGACUAUGAAGACGAUGAAGACGAUGAAGACGAUGAAGAUCGAGCAAAAACCUACACACAAGCAACAGAGGAAACGAAAGUCAUCCGAAUGGGAAACAAAACAGGAAAAAAAGACGAUCAAGCAAAAAUCUACAUACAAGCAGCAAAGGCUGAGUGUUGGACCAAAUAUGCGAACACCAAUACAAAACUCGUUUGCACAUGCGUGAGUCCAUGUUCAAAAUCGCUAUUCGAUCCAGUUCUUGUGAGGAUGAACCACUUGAAGAAGACGACUGACGAAGGCUAUAAUUUGUUAUAUAACCUAUCAUCCCAAAAUGAGUUGCUGAAGCCAUGCGCAAGGAAGGAAGUCAGUCAUGAGAAGUAUGUCUACGCACACAACAACCAGGAAAAGAUGGAGCCAUGCCCUGUUGUGAAUAUACCAGAUGAGCGAGUAGAACGGGCAGUUGCCGUUCUGCAGAGAGCCGUAGAAGCGUAUAAAAGAGGCGAAAAUCCGUUUGAUUACUCUUAUCACGCUGUAACAUGGCAUUACAGUCCAGGAAACCUGCGCAAGAUGUACGGAGUCCGUGAAUUCUUUUACUACGCUUCUUGCUUCUUGCAUUUCCUUCUAAUGUCUGUACUCAUUGCUAAGAUACUGCGUGCAACAAGUAUUGUACUGCUUGAGAUGGACAUAGAAAAUUAGUGUUAGCCGUUAGAAAUAGUUUUUUUUUUGUUGUUGUUUUGUUUCUAGAAAAUGCG